GCCGCACAACAUCGCCGCAUUGAACUUUCCAAGGCCAUCAGGAAGCCACGUCCCUGAGUAAUAGGGCGAGCCAGCAAGCUAGCUCAGCAAGGGAGUCGAUCGCUGUGGCUGCCAGAGCAGGCUUCUCGAAGUCCUCACAUUUAGUUGCAUUUUCUCGUCAUACCACUAGAUCUGCCAGCAGGGAGGAGCUUGGAAACCCACAUUUUGCAGGGCCGUCGCACAAGCUCUCUGGGGACCAAGAGACGCUCUCAAAGUGACCCGCGACAGCUGCAGCAGGCGGCAUCAUGGGGGAGGGCGCUGCGGGCGCAGAUGCACAGGCUGUGUCUGUGAAUUCGCUGACAUUUGAGUACCCGGGGCAGGGCUGGGCCCUGGCGGACCUGUCGCUGCAGCUGCGCGCCGGCAGCCGCUGCCUGCUGAUCGGGGCCAAUGGGGCAGGCAAGACCACGCUGCUGCGCAUCCUGGCGGGGCGCCACAUGGUGGGCGGGGAGGACGUGGUGCGCAUCCUGGGCCGCCCCGCCUUCCACGACCUGCAGCUCGUCUGCGGGGGGGACCUCGCCUACCUGGGCGGCUCCUGGACGCGCUCCGCCGGCUCCGCGGGGGACAUCCCGCUGCAGGGGGACUUCUCUGCGGAGCACAUGCUCUUUGGAGUUGCCGAUGUCGACCCUGCGCGGCGAGCAGCUUUGAUCGAGCUCCUGGACAUUGACCUGAGCUGGCGCAUGCACAAGGUGUCGGACGGGCAGCGCCGCCGCGUCCAGAUCGCCAUGGGCCUCCUGCGGCCCUUCAAGGUGCUGCUGCUGGACGAGGUGACGGUGGACCUGGACGUGGUGGCGCGCAUGGACCUGCUCAACUUCUUCGUCCAGGAGUGCAACCAGAGGGGCGCGACGAUCGUGUAUGCGACCCACAUCUUCGACGGGCUGGAGGACUGGGCGACGCACGUGGCAUAUGUGGAGGAGGGGCGGAUGCGCAAGUCGGAGGAGAUUAGCUCCUUCAGUGAGCUGAGCGGGGGGAAGGCGACUCUGUUCGAAACCGUAGAAGACUGGCUGCGAAAGGAGCGGGCCGAGAAAGAACAGGCGGGAGGCAAAGCAAAGAAGGCGGUGCCCAGUCCGGCAAAGCCGCAGCCAGCUUCAACCUCACGAUUCGAUCGUUUCGGCUCCUCAAGACAUAUGGCUUACUAUCGUUAGAUCAGCAUAAGGUACUGCCUGUCGGCAAUUCGUCAAUCGCGGACAGUCGACGGUUUCCGGGGUUCGUUGGCCGCAACUUGAUUGGCCAAACAUAUGGCCAUUUCUAACGGGGCAAUCGAAGCAAAGAACCACUGUACAAAUAUAAAAAACAGAACUUGGACGCAAUAGGCCCAACCGGUCUGAUAUCAAAUAAUUGGCCACAGUAGCGGCCGGCGGCGCCGCGGGGCGCCCGGCCGCCAGGGCACCGCGUGCUACUUAUUCAAUGCAGUGACGGUCGAGAUGUCAAUGUUU